GUGACUCGGAGCGCGCAGUCGGACGCAGAUCAUCACAAUAAGAGAGAGAGAGCACAUUGCUCCACAGAGAGAGAGAGAGAGAGAAAGAGAGAGAGAGAGAGACACACACUCAUACACGGAAGAGAAGUCAAAGAGAAGCAGAGUGAGGGACGGACCGAAAGACGAACAGUUGAAGUUUGACUGUGCGGGAUAAAUACAUUUAAAAAAGGACUUAACAAAAAAAAAGUGAAACUCAAAGGAACCGGAAAGUGUGUGAGAAGAUGCCGCGGGUAGUCCCGGACCAGAGGAGCAAGUUUGAGAAUGAGGAGUUUUUCCGCAAGUUGAGCAGGGAGUGUGAGAUCAAAUAUACUGGAUUCAGGGACCGACCCCACGAGGAGAGACAAGCUCGCUUCCAGAACGCUUGCCGGGACGGACGAUCAGAAAUAGCCUUCGUAGCCACAGGUACCAACCUCUCCCUCCAGUUCUUUCCUGCCAACCUGCACGGAGACCAGAGGCAGGUUCCUGCCAGGGAGUACGUUGACUUUGAGAGAGACACAGGAAAGGUCUAUUUAAAGGCUCCCAUGAUUUUGAACGGUGUGUGUGUGACCUGGAGAGGUUGGAUCGACCUUCAGAGGCUGGAUGGGAUGGGAUACCUGGAGUACGAUGAAGAGAGGGCGCAGCAAGAGGACGCUUUGGCCCAGGCGUCGUUCGAAGAGUCUCGACGCAGAACCCGAGACUUUGAAGACAGAGACCGAUCACACCGAGAGGACCUGGAGUCCAGACGACAGCAGGACCCCAUCCAUGGCUCCAACAUGGCCAACGCUGACGUGGAACACAAGAUGCGCUGAGGAGGAAGAGGAAGUAGUGAAAAGAGGAAGAGGAGAAAACAAGGGCUGUCUGUCCAUUCACUUUCAAUACAGUCAACUGAAGAAAAAAAGUAAACUGAGCUGCAAUUGUUGACCAAUUGUUUACUAUUAUUUCCAAAAAGCUUUGAUAUAAUCAUUUUUACUUUUAUGCAAAGAGUUUUGACAUACUUAUAUGUACGAGAAAAUAAAACUUCCUAAAUUGAUUGAAUUGAAAGUGAACCGAGCUCUAAAAAAGAAGGAUUAACAGAGAUAGUGACAAAACAGACCUGGGCAAAAAGGUCUUGAAUCCAUUUAAAUACAGAGGAAGGAGAAUGACCAGUGGAAUUAGCAUUAUUUUGCAAAUGUGAAACAUACAGAGUUGGAGUCUUUCAGAAAUAUAAAGUAGAGAUCAAAUCAUUCAAAGACUUUUAUAUUUCUUGUCCAGGUCUGAAAUUCAAUUGUUAGGGCUAGAUUUAAAUAAACAAAGUAGAUUUUCUAUGGGUACAAGAUGUUAAAGGUACAGUGUGGUAAGGGGAUAUCGGAGGAAAGACAGAAGCUGGAGGGAGCAGAGAAAAGAGAGAUGUGUUAGGGUCAGGGUCAGGGUCAGGGUUACCAGAAGAGCAUGCAUCAAAUAUGAGGUGGUGACAGCUUAAGGGGCGGAAAAGAAAAAGCAUUGUGUCUGCAUUGUUCACUGCUGUGCAACACUUCACAUUUGUAAACAUGCCCUUGUUUUAUCCGAGCACACUUCCUGAAACCUGCUGUGCUUAGACCAAAGUUCACAAAGCGGGGGGAGGAUACAUCGAUAAUGGAAGAACAGGUCUGAGGAGGGCAUCCAGAGAGAAUUAUACCAGGUUUUAGCGUGAAGAACUGUUUGCAAAUCAGUUUGAACCAUCUUUGGUGAGACGACUGUAGAAUCACAGGUUCUGUAGCAGCGACCUCGAAGGAGGACGAAAACAAAGAAAACUAACUCUGCUGUCUUUGGCUCUGGAAGCAGAACAGGGUGUGUAUGUGGGUCAAUUCAAAUGCCCUUAGUUCUCUUCAGGGUUUUGCACUAUGUGAUACAAUCAGACUUGUUUUCUUGAUAUGCAUGAAACCAAACAGGCCCACGUUCUCCCUUGUUCCCAACAUGCAGCCUAUUUACCAGAGAGCGCUCUCUUCACAGCGCUCUGGUAAGGAAUCCCCGCGUGAUUCACGGUGAUGUCAUCGUGCAGCCAAAUGUAGGCGUGCUGUCGUCGUGGACCCAAGCAGUAGCAUGCUCGACAACGUGCAGCUUUGUUUUUAUUUAAUGUGUGUGCAUGGACUUGGUGAUACUCUAUUCAGUGUAUUGCUUUUUCAGGGUAGCAUAGUCGUCGUCCCAGAGCAUCGCCGGCCAGUGAGAAUCAUGUAGCUCCAAAUUGAAUACUUUUUUUUCGUCAGAAAUAUUCUUUUGUGAUUCAAGAAACAUUUACGAAUUAAUAAGCUAAAUCAACAGUUGGGUUUUCUUAAAUAAAAAUGUAUUGUUCCAAAACAGUUCUUUUUGGAGAUACGUGGUUUUCACUAGACACCGAUGGUAACAUCUGACUAUAACAUUAAUCAGGAAAUAAAUACGUUCACAACCUCUUUAAAAACACACCGUACACAUCAGUCGCCUGUGUCUCAUAUUAAUUGUCACUUCUCUAUAGAAAAAUGGGAUUGAAAUCAACCUUCAUUUUUUUUACAAGGUCAUAGAUUGUACAGUCUGUGGUAUCUAAUUUAGUUAGAAUCCAUCUAUUGAUCGAUCAAUCAACCAGAUAUCUACAUUGAUGGACUGUAAACGCCUAAAGACAGUCGAGAUACUAUUCCCUGUCCUGUUACAGCACUAUGAAACUAUGUUCUCUCAUCAUUUUGUUUAUGUGAAAGUCAUGAUGUUUACUUUUUAUAUUACUUCUAUGUAUUCAUUGUGUUCAUCUGUCAGCUUUGUUAUGAACUAGUAGUAGCAGCGGUAGACUAUUUUAUGUAAAACUGAGUUAAAAAUUACAAAACGUCUCCAGAAAUGUUGUUUUGAGGACUUUCGUUGCUUUAGUUUUUCAUUGUUUCAUGUGUUCCUUAUAUGAAUGUUAUUUUUAUGGUCUGUUUUUUUUACGGAAAUUCACUUCCUGGGAUAAAUACAUUGAAUGUGGAUUGACUCAAGCCCUUUUAUUUGUAUAUUGUACAACUAGAGGAUCAUUUCAUUUUCCAGUGUGAGUUACAUUCAGUGAACCCAACUGUUUUAUUAUAAUUAUUAUAACCAAGAGAAAUAUUUUCUUUAUUCGUGCUUUUCUUUUCCCUCAGGCUGACUUAUUAAGCAUUUUGAUGAGCUUUACAUGAGCAGAGAAAACUUUUGAUUGACAAGAGAGUAACAUUUUACAAUAAGUUUUACAGUAAAUACAUAAAUAAUAGUUUAUAUUUAAAUAAAAAAGCUAAUUUACCACAGCCCAACUAGAGGAAGGUAAUAUCAUUUUAAAAGACCAAAAUAACUAAAAGUAACAGUUUAAAUGUGUCAGUGGUAACCACCACGCUCAGGGCACAACAAAAACAUGCAGGAUUUUCAUUCUGAAAGGAUUUAAUUCAGAUAUCCAAUUUGUUAUUUAUUUUUCUUUGGAUGAAGAGGCAAUUUCAUUCGAUAAAAAGUUCCCAGAAAGUUCCCUUUGAAUCCGACUCAGCGGGAACUGACUGAGCAUUGGUGAUGACCCAGUUCAAUGAGAGGUGAGAUGUAGGUGAACAGACAGUACAGUUAUGGAGGCUCGUGUUCUUGGAAAUGUGCAUGAUUUUAUUUUAGAUCAAUCAAUCUGCCAUGUUUUUUCAUUCAACUUUAUCUUCAUGGGUUUAAACGUGUGCUCAGGUGAAGGGAUUGAUUUUAAAAGACACAACUUCUGGGUUGUAGGUAGGAAAUAACAACAUAAUCACCCUGUCUCUAUACUCACUCAGUAUCAUUACACACGUAUUUAGAUGGUUACUCUGGUAAACACAUUAGUUGUUACUCCAUCCUUCAAUUUUCUUAAUGCAGGCAUUAAGGCAAAAAACACAACCGUUACAAGAGACUUUGUUUCUCUUGUUUGUUUAAGUUAUUUAUAUUUUGGUUUUAUAUCAAGAUCUAAAGAAGAACUACACUCCGUGUAUGCUUCUCCUUCCUGUGUGCGUGGUCUGCAUUUCUCUCUGGUUGCUGUUAAGCUUGUCCUCUUGGAGGAAUCAGAAAUAUGAGAUAAAAAUGUUGUUCACAGUUUUUCAUAAUAAAGAGGUAUGACUUAU